AAUCAGAGCUAGUCCGUGUUUACAUUUCACCGGGUAGAUUAGAAGAAGUUGAGGUAUACCGAUACCACCGGACGAAGAAGUCGAGUCUAUCGCGCGUAGUUUAAAAAUACAAAUAUUUUAAGAUUUGGUGGAUUAAAGAAAUCUUUGGAUGCAGGAAACUAAUUUGUUAGAUGUCAUACAAGGAAUUUUUCUUAAAAAAUCAUGAAGAUGUUCAGUGAAUCUACAACCAGAAGACUGUAAAAGUAAAUGGGGUAAAUUAGGUGUUCAAGGUCAUGCGAGGUGCUCUAAGGUGUUUCUUAAUAACCUGUUUACUUAUAAAUAUAGGAUUUUCUUAUGAGGUUACUAAAGCACGACUAAAAGAACUACUCACCCCACUAGAAUGGUCAUCUUUAUUACAAAAUACAAAUUCAGACGAAAACUACUCCAUUAUAUACCCCACUAUUCACCUCCAUGAUGAGGAAAUUACGUCAAAAGAAACUCAAAUAGAAAAUGAAGUGCAAUAUAAGAUACAUCGAAUAUUAAUUAAGUCAAAGGAACUUGGCAAAAACUUCGAUAUUUAUUUAAAACCUAGUAAUAAGGAAUUGGUGGCAGGAGAUAUAGUAAUUUUAGAAACGUACGCCAAUGGAUCUCGACCUCUUGAAGUAAAUGAAGAGGACAAAAACUGUUAUUUUAGAAAUGAAAAUGUAGCGUUGAGUUUAUGUAAAGGAAUUAGAGGAAUACUUCAUACAAGUGAAAAAGAAUACUUUCUUAUUCAUCCACUUCCCGAUAGGUUCCAAAACGAAACAAGUAAACCACACAUUCUAAUUAAAAAAUCACACUUUCUCCAUAACGCCAAAGAUGGUUCUUGUCUUCACAAUAUUGAUGAUAACUCUACACUGCCUCUACUAAAUCAAGCCAAAGAUAUUAGUGAUAACGAUAUAAUUGAUGAAGAAUUUGAAGCCCAACUGGAAGAUGGAAUACUAGCACACUCACAUAGAAAGAGUAGAAGAAAACGAGAGGUGUUUCCAGAUGGAUCUCCAGCUUUUGUCGAAACGGCAGUAUUUGUAGAUAAAGAUCUCUUUGAACACAUGAAAACAAAUUUUCCAUAUGAAACAGAGAGAGAAGUCAUUAGAUUUGUUCUUGCAAUGAUAAAUGCUGUUCAACUCUUGUAUCACGAUCCCAGCCUUGGUCGCCCUGUAAACUUUGUAUUAAAGAGAUUGGAAAUUUUAAAGGAGGAAGUUUCGGGAUUAGUUCGACCUUCCGAUAUUGAUAGAUUUUUGUCAAAUUUUUGCAAUUGGCAACGAACAAAAAAUCCAACAGGUGAUAACCAACCUCUUCAUUGGGACCAUGCACUGAUUUUAACAGGAUUAGAUUUAUAUGUCCGUGGAAAACAUGGAAAAAUAUCUAAUCAAGUUGUAGGUUUAGCACCUGUAGCUGGAAUGUGUACGGCAACUAGCAGUUGUACUGUGAACGAAGGUAGACACUUUGAAAGUGUCUAUGUAGUAGCCCAUGAAAUAGGACAUAAUUUGGGAAUGAGGCACGAUGGUCCUUUGGCAGAAAAUGACUGUGAUCCUAGCACUUAUAUAAUGUCUCCCACAUUGGGUAGCGGAAAAAUUACUUGGUCUACGUGUAGCAAGCGAUAUCUACAAAAAUUUUUAGAUACGCCACAAUCAAGAUGCCUUUUAGAUCACAGUAGUUCAGCUGGAAAAUUGGACCACAGCGCAGAAGGUGCACUUCCAGGAGAAAGAUUCGAUGCCAACCAACAAUGUAUGUUAAAGUACGGAAAAGGUAGCAAACAUUCCGCUCAACAACCUUUAAACGACGUAUGUAGAGAUUUACACUGUGAAAGAGAAAGGUACACUUGGACAUCUCAUCCUGCUCUGGAAGGCACAGUUUGUGGAAAUAAUAUGUGGUGUCGAGGAGGUAAAUGUGUCGCCAAAGGACUGGUGUUAUCGGCAGCUUAUACUGCGCAAAGUUCAGCGCGAUUAGGACAAAUAAACGGAGGAUGGAGCAAAUGGAAGCAUUCCAGCGAUUGCGCUUCCGGUUGCCUGUUCGGGGAAGAAGGAAGACUGAAAUCUGGAAGCACUGGUAUCAUGGUUUCAGAAAGAAUAUGUAAUAACCCAAGACCUCAAGGAGCUGGCGCCGAAUGCGAAGGUCCAACAAUACGUCAUUCAACUUGUGUAGCCGAGCAAUGUGCAAAUGUUCCAAGACUAACAAUAAGAGAAUUCGCUGAUCAGAUUUGUACCAGAGCCAAAGAAGUUGACAACGAUCUAACUGGUUCAGGAAUGCAGAAAAUUAGUUCUGAUGCUGAAGAAGCUUGUUUGGUAUGGUGCCAAAAACGAAAUGGAAGUACAAGGAGUCGAGGCUGGACGUUUCCUGAUGGAACAACUUGUCAAAUAAGAAGAAAUCGAUAUGGAAAAAGUAGUUACUGUAUUAAAGGAAGAUGUGAAGAAUUUGUCUGCGAUCCUAUGGAAGAAGCGGCAUUUGCCCAAGCUGCGGAUCUCUGUCCUAUUGAUCGAUACGAUAACGAACUAAAUUGGCGAACGGGCUUAAGAAGAAGAGAGGGUGCCAUUAGAUGGAAAAGCGCGAGUGGUUGUCAUUACAACUGUAUUUCACCAGGCUCUGGAAUACGUUUGGUCAAAAAUAAAAAAUACAAUAGAUCAAGUAUUCAGUUGUGCCAACCAGAUAAAUUUGGAUGCAGUAGAGUAAAAUCGCCGUUUCAACAUGCUUCCCUGAUCUGUACAAAAUACAAAGAAAGAGUAAGGAGGCUGUCCGGUUUAGGAAUGCAGAUAUCUCCAGCUGUAGAGGAUCCUGAUAGAUCAUGUCGAGUAGCUUGCCAAGAUGCUUUGAUCUCUCAUAGAUUCUAUUUGGUAAAUGGAGAAGAUGGAUGGUUUCCAUUUGGAACCGACUGCUCUAAGGGGAUGCCAGCAAAUAAGAAAGCUUACUGCGUCAGCGGUAAAUGCUUGGAAUUUGGCACAGAUGACACACCAGUAUCUGAGAGUGAAUUUACUCUUGCAUUGCUUUCGAGAGCGAAGAGAUCUUUGUAUGAUAACAAUAAUUCUACCAAAAUAACCAUGAAACUUAAUCAAAUGGAACUGGAUAAUAUUAUAAAAGAUUUACACCGAACUUUAGCAGGCAAUCUAAGCUCAAAUGGUAUAAACCAGUUCAACAUUGAUUUAAACAACCCAGUACACAUCAGCAUAAACUCAGAACAAGACUUCCAUCCGCACGUUUCCUUUACAAGCAGUGAUGAAUAUAUAAACUAUGCUUAAAAAGCAUUUUCCUUUUCAUGUGAUCUAUUUAGGUAUAUUGGUAGAUGGAAAUACGUUUAAAUAAAAUAAUAUUGUAUUAA